CGUCUUUGUUUGUUUGUCGUUGAAAACAUAGGAAUGUAGAAUGAAAGUUACAAAUAAAGGGUACUGCGUUGCACAUUAUUUAAUGGAGGUGUAACUGAAUUGUGUGUAUGAUGGCCGAUGUAAUGGAACGAAUGAACUAUGCAGCGUUGAAGAGAGUGGAUCCGUACGUUAAAGAUAUUAUUGAUACGGCGACUCAUGUUGCGUUAUAUACUUUUAACGGAGAUUUUAGUGAAUGGGAAAGGACUGAUGUGGAGGGAGCCUUGUUCGUGUACAGUCGUAGUGGAGAACCAUAUCAUGGUGUGCUUAUUAUGAACAGACUCAAUACAAACAAUCUAGUGGAACCUAUAUUGCAGGGUCUAGAGUUUCAGUUACAGGAGCCAUUUCUUUUGUAUAGAAACCCCAGAAGUCGGAUUUAUGGAAUUUGGUUUUAUGAGAAGGACGAAUGUGUUCGAAUAGCGUCUGUAUUAGACAAGCUCGUGAAGGAAGUGUCAAAUCCCAAGAAGUUAACCAUGAUUCCUUCAAUGGGCAAUAAAAGUUCUGGUGGGAUCGGUGUUGAUAUCUUUAGUAUGCUCAGUAAAGCACAAGAAGACUUCGAUUCAAAUAAAUCGUCAAUUAAAAACAAGUCAGUGGACGUGAAAUCUUCAGUUUCACAGAGCCAGGAUGCUCCACCCCAAAGUGUUGUAGACUUUUUCGCCAAAGCAAGUGGUGGUGCGUCCCAUUUUACUGCCGAAAAAUCUGCUAAGCCCCAAGCCCUCUUUGUUAACCAUCCAGCGAGAACAGCGUUGUUACCAGAUGGCAGUGAUGGGAACAAUUUUCAACCACUGCUUCAACGUCUGAUGUCAAAUCCUGCACAUAGUGUUGAGCACAUUGAAAAACAGCAGCGGUCUGUUACCCCCAAUACAGAGAUCUCCACAGUGUCCAGUAAUAAGGCAAAGCAGCAGAUUAGCGACGGUAUUAAAGCUGUCAAUGAUGGAAAUAUCAAACUCAGACCAAUUUCCUGCAGUAAUGUGUGUGAGAAACCUGGCAGGUUGGUGUUGGACAGUACCAAAAAUCUCCAAGAGCAGCAACAUAUGAAGAACAGUGGUGCAUUAGAUAUUGAGAAUGGUAUGAACAUUCUACGAAUUUCUUCUCCAAACUCUACAGGGAGCCUUCCACCUCCAUUUUUUGGUGGCACUGUUCCUAGUGUUCCUGUUGUGGACUGCAGCACUACUGACCGUCCUCUCUCAGCGCCCCUUUGUUCUAAUGCAGAAACACAGAAAGUAGCCCUGAUGCCACCUACUAUGUUCACCUCUUCAGUAGCAAAAGAAACAGCAAACCUUGAGUUUGUGAAUAAUGUUUUGCCAUUGAAUUCAAAAACAGAAAUAUCAGGUCCUGUUAGUAGUAGUAAUGCUAUGCUCUCUAGUGACUGCAGUAUUCCUAUUAAGCCAGAACCUUUAACAAAAAAUCAACUGUUGCAAGCAGUUACUUAUUUAUUAAAGAAUGAUCCGGAUUUUGUGCACAAGUUGCAUGAGGCAUAUGUGAAGUCAUUUUCUGAAUUGGUACAUUAAUGUGAAAUUAGACUGACUUGGUUGUAGUUAACUGUAAUGACAGAGUACUUUAAUUUCAGAAUAUUGAUUUCAUUGGAUGAACACCUCAUGCUUCAUAUACAAAUGUGUUUUAAGGAUUUUAUCUUUUAUCCAUAGUAAUUUUUUGAGUAAAAUAUUUGGUAUCCAAUAGUAGCUAUUCCCUCGAUUUUAUGUUUGAUGUUUUAAAAUGCAGUACUUGAUGCAUAAUAUCAGGAGCGAAUUGUGAAGCUCUGUGCCAUAUGAACUAGAUGGAUUCCGAAAAUAUUCAGAAAGCUUAUGGAGCAGCAGUGUUAUAAGUAAAUUUCCCAUCUUUUUUAAAGCUGCUUUAUGGCUAUAGAUAUAAAGUGGAACUUACAUGUUGCACUGAAAUCACCAUAAAGUACCCAGUAUGGCAGCUGAUGAAAUUAAUGUUCCAUUUAUAGGUAAACUAUGUAUACCUAAGUUCUGUAAAAUAAGUUGCAGCCAUCUGCAGCUGUCAGUCCUUCAAUACUGUAUAUUCAGAUAAUGGUUUUGUAUGUUACAUCUUUUCUUUUUUUAAUGCUAAGUCAGCUAUAUAUUUAAAUGUUAUUUUAGGGUGUAUUGUAUUUAUUAAUUUUAGUUUAGUGAGAUUGUGUUGGAUUUUGAAUCCAGACUUGUGACUUUUAAGUUAUCAAUGUUUUACAAAUAUAUUUACUGCCUGUGGUGUUUAAUGAAUAGUGUAACAUUUGUUUUUAUUGUGUAGUGCCUUGAUUUUGGAACUCUGUGCAACUUGGGCUCAGUAAGUCCUAAAUGUGUUGGUCAUUUUAAUGACUAUUGAAGUCUGCUGUUGUAGUCUUUGAUAUAACUUUUUAAGUUUCACAGUGAUUACUGAUUAAAUAUGCAAUAUGAUACCUUUUAAUGUUUUGUGUAUAGAAGCAUUAUUAUUGGCCAAUAAGUACAACAAAUAUUCACUGGGGCAAGUAACUGAAAUAAUGUUUUGUUGACAUUUAUUUCCACAAAACUUCAUACAAUUAGUACAUCUAUUGAAGAGGGUGAAAACACCUGAAGUAUGAUUUUGUAAUUACAUUCCAUAAUACAGAAAACUAGGUUCUGUAUAGGUUGUUGAACAAGGGAAAUGUACAUUGUGAUGGAUGCCAUUAACAAAAAGGAGGAAAACUCCCUUGUUUUAAAUCUGGAAGGAAUAACAAAAAGCAAGAAAAUGCAAAGAAGAAGACCAAAUAGUUGUUGAUUGUGCCCCUUAGUUUUAUUGUGUUUUAACAUUUAAAGAGUUUAUUGACUUAUGUCCUUGCAGGCAAUUUUAUGUAGUAGGAAGGAUGGAUUUAAAUUAUUAGUUGACUGAUGAAGGUUCAUAGUUUUUGUGUGUUUCUUAUUGGUGAAGUUAAAAUGAAUACCAUCACAUUUGCAAUUCUGGUGUUUGGACUUAAUUUUAAUGGUUUUGCCAAGAGCCCAGUCAAUGUGGAUACAGCUACACAUUUUCCAUCAAACUUCCAUAGCUUCUGAAAGGAAGUGUAAUUUGGGUAAGAGAGGAAAAGGGGGGGGGGUGAAGGUUGUCCUUUGGCACUCUGAAACAUGCCAUUUUAUCAAUAACAUAAGAAUGUUUUCGGUAAUGUGAGAUUCAGAUUUUGUUAAAUGUUCAUUUUAUAGAGUGGUGGAAGUGAAAUGCAACACAUUUUACAGUUCUGUGGCGCUAAACGUUAGGUGAUCUUUUAAGAGUUCAUGCUUAUAGCAUUAUGAGCUAUUUUUAUUUUUUAUUUUUUUAUUUUUUAUGGAAAUGAUUACUGUUGUUGUUAAAGAAAUGAGCCUCCAUUUUAGUAAUCUGACAAUGAUGCUAUGUAGAAUAAGAAGUAUGAAGCAAAGUUUCUUUACUUUUAUGCGCAUUUUCAAUGAACCCCCCCCCCCCCCCCCCUCUCCCACUUUCCAUUCUCCAAUACUCUUCAGCUAACACUAAAAUCUCAAUUUUUGCUAGGAACUUGCCUUGCAUUUUUGCACCAUUUACCUAGAUAAUAUGGAAUUUUGAAUGCAAUAGAUAUGAGACUGGCAAUUGCAAGAAACAUACUAACAGUAUCAGACUCUGGUAACAGCUAUUCAUAUUUGCAUAUUGAAAUGUGUAGUUAAAUGUGUAUGUCAUCUGGACUAGAAUGCAGUAUGUUCUAACAUACUGCAGAAUAUGAGAUUAGUGAUAGAAAUAAAAGCAAAUAGAAGAAUCGAAAAGAAAGUAAACAUUAAGUAUUCAUUGGUAUUGAUUGCUAUUAUACUAAAAAGUGUAGGUAAACUAUGAUUGCAGAGAUGGUACCAUUGGAGAAAAUGUGGUGAAUGUAGUACAGUGAAAUGUUGCUUGACUGACUCAUUUGCUCAGAAAACAUUGAAAUGAUGGAGAUGUUUCAUUGCUUGACUGACUUGUCGGCCCAGAAAAAACUGAAAUAAGGGAAAAUUGUUUCAUUAAGUGUGUGUAGUUUGUUGUAUGGAUGAUAUUUUUGCUGUGCUGAGUGUAUAAUUAUAUUCAUGCACAUAUGUUGCACAAUUUUAUUUAUUUGUACUUGGACAUACUUGUGAAAUGACUACCUAAAGGUUGCACAGAUGGAUUAUGUCUCAAAAACUGUUAUAAGAGAAUACAGUAUGUAUUUAAACUUAUUUACAAUGUUUUAUUUCUUAAGGCUAUUUAUCAAGUAAUCCACCAGGAGCAAUUUCAGGAGUGCCUGCUGUUGACUAAUGUAAUAUUAACACUUUAUUGCUGCACACAUAAUGAUGACUGUUUCACUGCCAGACAUAAGGCUAUACUGUGGCCACCAGCCACCUCGUGGCAGUCAGUGUGAUAGACUAGAUAGAAUAAAAAAAAAAAAAUUGACUGUGAAGAAUGACCAGAGAGAAGUGUGUCCUAAGAAACCUCAAGGAAUACUUAUUAGGAAUGUUAGUACUAGCCACUUCAAAAUGGCCUACUUAAAGAAGUUGGCUGGAAGUAAUAAGACCAGUUUUCUACUGGGACGUUAAAUGUAUUGUAAUAGUAUUAAUAUAAUUUCUGUUGCUGAACUGUGUUUGAAUUGUGAUAUAAAUACCUUAAUUAACAAAUGAGUUGUACAGAUAAUUGUGUUGUUAUGUAUUAUGAUUUGAAAAGAUAGUGCCAGUACCUUUUUGGACAGAUGUGAUGAAGUGUUUUGGUACUCUAUUUCUCUCUAUCCCUUUCCCCUUGUCCUCACUUGUCCCAACUCCCUUCAACCUAACACACAGUCAAAAUAUGACUAUACUAUCUUUAAAAAGAAGAGAAAUCGCCAUGAUAUACUUCACAGUAACUUUUCUUAAGAGGUGAUGGGAGGGAAAAAGUUAGAGGCACUAACCACCUGUCCUCUCCUAACAUACUCUCUGAGAAGUGCCAAGCUGCAAUGCGCAUGUUGUGCAAGGUACACAUUUGUGAACAGUUCCUGUAUUUUUUUUGUGUGUGUAGAUGUUCUAACCAACAUAUUCCCACAUGUUGCUGAAUUUCUUGUUUCAGUACAUAAGACUUGUUAUUGCAGUAAUAAAUGAGUUUAGAAAAACUGUAAUUUUUUGCCAUAAAAUAUACUUUACUGAGUUGAAGUUGUAAAAAUACUUAAUUGAGUACAUGCUGAACUGUAGGGCUGAAUUUUCAUGUGGACAGAUUUGGCCAAAGGAAACUGUGAUCCAUCCCUGUUAUGUUUGACUGUUAUUUAUUUAGUUUUAAGUUGGAUUUGUGAAAGGUUCUGUACUUGAACAAAUAGUUAUGAAGCAUACAUUAGACUACAUCAGAAGAAAAAUGCCCAAGUCUCACACUGACACUCAUACCCAUAAAGAAAGCUAAUGUGAGAUUGUAUUUCUUUGCUUUAAAUGGCCUAAAUGUAGCAAUUAAAUUAUUAGUAUUUUUGGUGUGUGUGAGAAAGAGAGAAAAUUCAGGUUUGUGAAACAGAUUGGACUCAUCUGCCCAAGGCGAGGAAGGUAUGCAAUAAUACUGUGAGGUAUCAGUGCAGAGUAACUGUUGCUUUUUCAUGGAGCUACUGGUUGUACUAUUUACUGUAUAUUCUCCUCUUAUUUUUAGGUUUGUUCAGUUGCUUGCUUUGUAUUUACAGUUGUAUCUGUUGAUGUGUAUUAAAUCCCCAAGUAUAUUAUUGUA